AAGCCUUCUAGCAGAAAGGCACAGAAAUAUUUAUUUGUUUUUGUUUCCUUUAAAUUUUAUAACACGCAAUGCUGUUCAGAAGUGCAGAAGGACAACAUUAUAACAAGCAUCCUGUGUUUCACAGGACGCUUGUGUUUCUGGUUUCAAUGCGUGCUUCACACUUUCAAAGGUCACAAUCUAUUUUAAUCGUAAGCUCUUGAGCUGUCAUAGCGGAGUGAAUAGUGAUAAUCCCAAGUCAAGUUCAGUGAAAAGGUUAUUCCAGGCUGGCAGCAGAUCUGCAAGACUCCCCUGACCUGGCAAGAACGAUAAGGCAGCACCACGUAUCUGGUUUGACUGGAUUCAUUACAUCUGGCUCUGGGUCUUCUGUGAGGCACUGCCUGCAGGACUAAUAUUAAUUAAAGUAACAUUUCUGUCUCAUUCUCCUGUCAGCUGUACCUCAUUUUCAUUUUUGAAUGAUUGUGUUACUGAGUCUUAAUGCACUGCAAAGACUAAUACAUUCUGUGAGCAUUUACCUUAAUUUGUUUUCUAAUUCCUGCUGAAAGGUUUCCGGCUCUGAAUGAUAAUGGUGCUUUUUAAGUGUAAGGCACCAUGACAGAGUAACUGUCUGAUGUUCUUGUGAAAGAGACGGGUGGUUUCUGGCUAGCCGCAGACAGACAUUCGUUUUGUUACUUAACCAUGAGUAUUGGUUAGCUGAGGACAGACACUCAUUCCCAGUGAACCAUUGGUCUCGGCCAGCUGAAGAUAGGCGGUAAUUGUAGCGAGCUGCGGAUUUUGGCUAGCUGGAGAAGGAAACUCGUCCUUAGUGGGUUGUGGGUUUGGGUGAGCGUGGUGACCAGUGUCUUUAAGUAGCUUACUGGACAAUUUUACACUUUUUAAAGGUUUUGACUGAAGGGUUGUCCGUCGGAAGGCAAGCUGGCAUCAAAAACUUUGCGUGAAAAAAACAGCUGCAGUUUUGUGAAGUUUUGGUGUAUUAACCCCUGAAAACUGAGUGUUUUAUUACAUAAAACAUUACACACCAUGGGCAUGAAAGAAGCAUCAAACUUUGGUGUCAUCAUUUUCUUAUCAUAGGGUCCCUCUAAAUAGUACUGCAACACAAAAUAUCUGACUAAACCACUAUGGAAAUGCUGCAGAUCAUAAAGUGGGAAUCGCUUCUUUACAGUGUGGUCAAUACAAACAUAAUCUGGUGGAAAUCUUUGCGUGAUGUAGGUCAUCUCUAUAAGCAUUUACUUUUUAACUUACAAUUCCAAAGGUCUUUGAUAACACGGUGACAUUGUGGAAAGAUUAUGGUACAAAUAAUCUCUUACAGUAAAAUUGGCAAUGGGCUAUGUCGCCGAUCUUCUUAGGGUCAGCGAGUCAAAGGUCAACAACCCGGCAUUGACUCUGUGACGACUGACCUUGUUAAACCCACGCUUCCAUGACCUUUCAGAUUACAAGUCAAAAUCAGCAAACCAAGUAUGUAAUUGUAAUUUAUAUUUAGUUCCUAUUUCUGGCAAAUGAAACAAGCUGGAUGUGCUUAAAACUGCUUUUCAGAACUGCACAUCUGUGGCAUUCAUGGGAUUUAUAAAAGAGGAAUUAUACUCUCACGUGUGUGUGUGUGUCUGUGUGUGUGUGUGUGUGUGUGGGAGAGGAGGUGCUAAGGAAGCCACUUUCACAAUGACUUCCCUUUUCUGGAGUGGCUGUAAAAGUGUUUUCCGUUCCGCAGGGAACUUAGAAAUGUCAACGUCUCUUGUGUCUUAAGACCAUGUGACACUUUAAAGAAACAGCCUACAUUCCCUGAAUGCAGUUCAGUUCUGUCUGGGCAUAAAAGGAUACGCGGCACGCAAAGUGCCUGCGAGGGCAAUUCGAUUCCUCCGAGAGACGGCGUAGCGCCUGUACGUGAAAAUGAGGAACCUUCGAGCCGUCGUUAUGCGCGGGGGACCUCGGCGCUGCUCACGUCAUAAGUGGCAAGAAGAGAGACGGCCCCAAAAGAGCGUGCGGCCGGGGCGUUUCGUCACCGCGGCCAGGAGCAGAUCCGUUCUAAACGAGCUUUAAACAGCCACAUCAGCAGGCAGAUAAUAGGAUCUGAUAAGAGGAUGCGAUAACGGCUAACAUGGUUUAAAAGGACGCGCUCUGACACUCAGAGGCUACUGACACGCGCAGCCAUGACGUUCGACGGCACCUGGAAAGUCGAUCACAACGAGAACUAUGACAAAUUCAUGGAGCAGAUGGGCAUCAGUAUGGUGAAGAGGAAAUUGGCUGCACACGAUAACCUGAAGAUCACCAUCCAGCAUAAUGGAGAUAAGUUCCAUGUGAAGGAGAUCAGUACAUUCCGUACGCUGGAGAUCGACUUCACCCUGGGGGUCACCUUCGAGUACAGCCUAGCAGAUGGGACCGAGCUUUCGGGCUCCUGGAUUCUGGAAGGUGAGACACUGAAAGGAAAAUUCACCAGGAAGGACAACGGAAAAGAGCUGCUCACCACGAGAGUGAUCUGCGGGGACGAACUCGUGCAGACCUACAGCUAUGAUGGAGUGGAUGCCAAAAGGAUUUUCAAAAGGGGUUAAGACUUAGAAUUUAGUUUUUUUUUUUUUACUAUAACAUGAGACAAACUUUGUUUGUGGGCUUACAAUUGUGUGGUGUUUCAUUGUCCUAAAAAUAAAAUGGUUCAUUGUUCCACGCCGGACAGUAUUUGUUACUGGAAAAUGAAUGAAGUAAUGAAUGAAUAAACCAUAAAAUGUGUAAAUGCCUGUAUUUGUUUCU